AUGUUGCGAAGAGCCGCAGCACGAGCAGUCUCUCGAAGGACUCCCCUCCUCAGACCGACGUCGUCGACCCCAGCCAUUGCCGUGCGCUGCAUGUCAACAUCCCGCAUGAUGGCUCAGGCCCCCGCGAAUCCUUUCUCUACCGCCCCUCCCAGCGAUGCUUUCCAACUACUGCCCGAGUCCCAGAAAGCCGGAGCCGCCGAAGACGAGCUGUACGAGGCCCAGCUCAAGGAAGUCGAGACAUGGUGGCAGUCUCCUAGAUACGAGGGCAUCAAGCGCCCCUACAGUGCUGCCGAUGUCGUCUCCAAGCGCGGAUCGCAGCAGCAGACCUACCCUAGCUCCGUCAUGGCGAGGAAGCUCUUCAACCUGGUCAAGGAGCGCAUAGCCGAGGGAAAGCCCAUCCAUACAAUGGGCGCCAUCGACCCCGUCCAGAUGACUCAACAAGCACCACACCAAGAGGUCCUCUACAUCUCCGGCUGGGCUUGCUCCUCCCUCCUCACAUCCACCAACGAGGUCUCCCCCGACUUCGGCGACUACCCCUACAAUACCGUACCGAACCAAGUCCAGCGUCUCGCCAAGGCGCAGUCGAUGCACGAUCGUAAACAAUGGGAUAACCGCCGAAAGCUGACGCCGGAGCAACGCGCAAAGACGCCCUACACCGACUACCUGCGACCCAUCGUCGCGGACGGCGACACGGGACACGGCGGUCUCUCCGCCGUUCUUAAGCUCGCCAAGCUGUUUGCGGAAAACGGUGCCGCGGCUGUACACUUCGAGGACCAGCUCCACGGCGGCAAGAAGUGCGGCCACUUGGCUGGCAAAGUUCUCGUUCCCACCGGCGAACACAUCAACCGUCUCAACGCAGCCCGUUUCCAAUGGGAUGUUAUGGGCUGUGAGAACCUUGUGCUCGCCCGGACGGACUCGGAGAGCGGGAAGCUGAUCAGCAGCGCCAUCGAUGUGCGCGACCACGAGUUCAUCCUCGGAGUAGCAGACCCGAGCCUCGAGCCCCUUGCCGAGACCAUCCAGGCCAUGGAGGCCAAGGGCGCGGCGGGCGCCGAGAUCGAUGCGUUCGAAGCCAACUGGGUGAAGGGCACCAAGCUCGUGACCUUUGACGAAGCGGCGGUCGAGCACAUGAAGAAGGAGGGCGUCUCUCAGGACAAGAUCGAUUCGUACCUCGAGACCGUUCGCGCCCAGCGCGACCUCGGCAUCACGCAGCGCCGCAAGCUCGCGAAUCAGCACACCAAGACCCCCGUCUUCUUUUCCUGGGACAUCCCCCGCACCCGCGAGGGCUUCUACCACUUCCGCGCCGGCAUGGAGGCGGCGACGAAGCGCGCCAUCGCCUUUGGUCCCUACGCCGACCUCCUGUGGGUUGAGACGGGCGACCCGAACGUCGAGGUCGCGACGAAGCUGGCCAGGGCCGUCCGCGAGGUGUUGCCGGGCAAGGGGCUGGUCUACAACCUCAGCCCGUCGUUCAACUGGAUGGCGCACGGGUUCACGGACGAGACGCUGAAGAGCUUCAUCUGGGACAUCGCCAAGGAGGGCUUCGUGCUGCAGCUCAUUUCCCUUGCCGGUCUGCACUCCAACGCGACCAUCACAAACGAGCUUGCGCGGGAGUUCAAGACGGACGGCAUGUUGGCGUACGUCAAUUUGGUGCAGAGGCGCGAGAAGGAGGGCGGCUGCGACGUCUUGACGCACCAGAAGUGGAGCGGCGCGAGCUACAUCGACGGCAUUCUUGGAGCUAUCCAAAGUGGCAGCUCGAGCAGCAAGAGCAUGGGCGAGGGCAAUACCGAGAGCCAGUUCCACUGA